CCCAUUGUUCACUGGCAUCAUUGUUGGUCUGACCUCCCAGCUGCUCAGCCAUGGCCCCCAAGAAAGCCAAGAAGAGGACAGCAGAGGGAGCCAACUCUAAUGUGUUCUCCAUGUUUGAACAGGCCCAGAUCCAGGAAUUCAAAGAGGCCUUCACCAUCAUGGACCAGAACAGAGACGGCUUCAUCGACAAGAACGACCUGAGAGACACGUUUGCGGCUCUAGGACGUCUCAAUGUGAAACAGGAAGAGAUCGAUGAGAUGCUCAAAGAGGCUCCGGGCCCCAUCAACUUCACCAUCUUCCUCACCAUGUUCGGUGAGAAGCUGAAAGGUGCUGAUCCAGAGGAAACCAUCCUCAACGCAUUUAAAGUCUUUGACCCUGAGGGGAAGGGUGUACUGAGGAAGGAUUACGUGACACAGAUGCUAACAACACAAGCCGACCGAUUCACCCCCGAAGAGAUGGAGCAAAUGUUUGCUGCCUUCCCUCCAGAUGUGGCAGGAAACCUGGAUUACAAGAACCUGGUUCACAUCAUCACCCACGGAGAGGAAAAGGACCAGGAGUGAACCUUCUUGUCGACAUUUUUGUCACAUCGAACGUCCGUCUCUUGCCUUUACGUGACUCGAAACUGACCCACUGCCCUCGAAGGAGACAUGAACUGUUGUUUAUUUACUCAUUUUGGCUGCAUUGUGUCUGGGUCCUCUCAAGAGUAUCAAGACAAAAAAAAAUCUCUUCUCGUCCCUGACAAAUGAUUGACUAAUUAAAUUAUUUUUCAUUAUUAUUUUUUACAGACUCAAGCCCACUCACCUAAUGUCAUUGUUGUCAUAGUAAAAAAUCAAUUUGUCUCAUCUGUGCAUGUUCGUCUAAUAAAAGUUUUCCAAGAUA